AUGGUUAAGAUCAAAAACUUCGCCAAUGCCUUUGGUACUUUGCUAUGCCUAUUAAUUGGCAAAGCAUCUGCACUAACACUUACAGUUGGAGAUAAGGAUUCAGUCUGUGAUGCGGCAACUUUAAUUAUAAAUGGUAUCAUGGAUUAUUAUGAAGGUAUACGGUAUGGCGGCACAGUUGGAAUUUUUCAGGCCCCUUACUAUUGGUGGGAAGCAGGUGAGAUAUGGGCUGGAAUGAUAGAUACGUGGUACUUCUGCCAAAACGACACAUACGAGGAUAUAAUCUUUGAUGCAUUGCAGGCCCAGAAAGGUUCAGGUAACAGUUUUAUGCCUCAAAACCAAACCUUAACGGAGGGUAACGAUGAUCAGAGUUUCUGGGGAUUUGCAGCAUUGUCAGCGGCGGAAAGAAACUUUACAAACCCAUCAAGUGACGAGCCAGGCUGGCUAGCACUUGCUCAGGGUGUGUACAAUACGAUGUGGAGUCGUUGGGACACCAGUUAUUGUGAAGGAGGUCUCAGAUGGCAGAUUUUCACAUGGAACUCUGGAUACGACUAUAAGAACACAAUUUCCAAUGCAUGCCUUUUUGCGAUUGCUGCAAGAUUGGCCAGAUACACGAAGAACGAUACUUAUGCCGAAACUGCUACCACUGUCUACGAUUGGCUUAAGGAUGUUGGAUAUUUCAAGCUUGAUGGUGAUUCAUACUCUGUUUACGAUGGUGCCAGUAUCACAGGUAAUUGCAGUAGUGUCAACACGGCACAAUGGACUUACAAUCAGGCCAUAGUGCUUGGUGGUGCAGCAUAUAUGGCAAACUAUACUGGAAAUAACACAUGGGUGACUGAAGUUGGCCGUCAUAUUUCUGGAAUGAGUGUCUUUUUAAACAACAAUAUUCUAUACGAGCGACAAUGUGCCUCCUCAAACACCUGUAACAAUGAUCAGAGGUCCUUCAAAUCGAUCACUUCGCAGUAUUUGGGUGCGACUGCACGUUUGGUGCCGGAUUACUCAGAUCAAGUGAUGGAAAUCAUUGAUGCAUCUGCCAAAGGUGCAGCUGAAUCGUGCAGUGGAGGAUCCGAUGGCCAUACAUGUGGAACAAGUUGGACUUCGGGCUCGUAUGAUGGAAAUUACGGCUUGGGUGAGCAGAUAUGUGCUUUAGAGGUGAUACAGAAUACGCUUGUGAUGCAAUAUGAUGGUCCAUUCGAUAAUUCGACAGGUUCAUCAGAAGGAAACUCUGCCGAAGGCUUGGGUUACGAGUCGAGUACGAAUCCUCACGAGAUAACGGUUACAACACGUGACAAGGCGGCUGCAGGAAUCAUCACUACUAUUGUUUUGGCCAUAGUGGUUGCCCUUGGAAUCUGGAUGAUUAUAUAG